UUACGCCAUGCAGCCCGUGUUUAUCACCUGGACUGGAGUAGCAGAGUAUUAAGUGAGCGGCGCGCGUCCCGGGUUGUCUUCACCGUGCCCCCCACGACCCUUCACUGUGUGACAGCCGCAGACAUGACGCUGUCUCUGGGAUGGCUCUCGGGUCUGUUCGCCGGUCUGUUCUCCGCUCACGUCCUGCAGACGCUCUGCUUCCCGUACUUUUGGAGGGACAUAUUUUUCCUGCUGAAGGUGGUCCGGUACGGCGCGAGGCUGGAGCUGUCCAAGCUGACAUCCAGCGUGCGCACGGUGCUGGACCGGUUCGUCCAGCAGGCGCGGCGCAUCCCGGACAAGCCGUUCGUCAUCUACGACGGACGCGUCCACACGUACCGGGACGUGGAGCUGCGCAGCAACAGGCUCGCCAACGUGUUCCUGGAGGCAGUGAAGUUGAGGAAAGGAGAAUGCGUCGCCUUGCUCAUGAAUAACGAGCCCGACUUCCUGUGCGCCUGGUUCGGGUUGGCGAAGGUCGGCUGCUCGGUGGCGUUCCUCAACACCAACAUCAAGUCCAAGGCUCUGCUGCACUGCUUCCACUGCUGUGGAGCCAGAACUCUGAUUGUUGGUUCAGAUCUCGUGGAAUGUCUGGACGGCAUCCUCAGCAGCCUGCUGGAGGACAACAUUCAGGUGUGGGCCAUGAAGAGCCAGAGCGAGCACCCGCAGGUGCUCUCUCUGUUGGAUAAGAUCGAUGCUGCCUCCGACCAGCCUGUGCCAGCGGUGUUGCGUGCCAUCACCUCCCUCAAAUCCCCCACCCUCUACAUCUUUACCUCUGGAACAACUGGGCUCCCUAAGGCUGCAGUGAUCACUCACCUCCAGAGCUUGAAGGCAGCAGCAGGGUUCUGGGCGUUUGGAGCUACUGAAGAUGACGUGAUGUACAUCCCUCUGCCGCUUUACCACAGCGCAGCUUCCUUGAUCGGUAUCGGAGGAACCAUAGAGCUGGGUGCCACCUGCGUCUUGAAGAAGAAGUUCUCAGCCUCCCAGUUCUGGAAUGACUGUCGAAAACAUGACGUUACUGUUUUCCAGUAUAUCGGUGAGCUCUGCAGAUACCUCUGCAACCAGCCCAAGACGGCGAAGGAUCAGGUUCACAAGGUGCGGAUGGGAGUCGGGAACGGGCUGCGGCAGGACGUGUGGCGGGAGUUCCAUAGUCGCUUUGGGAACAUUAAAAUGUGCGAGGUGUACGGCUCCACCGAGGGAAACCUGUGUUUCAUGAACCACAUCGGCAGGAUCGGAACCGUGGGCCGCUCCAACUUCUUCUACAGGCUCCUGUUCAAGUACGAUCUGGUAAAGUACGACAUGGUGAAGGAUGAACCAGUGACCGAUCCGUAUGGCUUCUAUCAGCGAGUGGAAAAGGGUGAAACUGGGCUUCUGCUGUCCAAGGUGAGCACCAUGAGCCCGUUCUUUGGCUACGCUGGCAGCAAGCAGCUGACCGAAAGGAAGCUGAAGAGAAACGUGUUUGUGAAGGGAGACGCCUACUUCAACACGGGCGACCUCAUGGCUGAAGACCAGGAGGGCUUCAUCUGCUUCAGAGACCGAGUGGGAGACACCUUCAGGUGGAAGGGUGAGAAUGUAGCAACGACGGAGGUAACGGAGACUCUCGGGCUGGUGGAUUUCAUCCAGGAAGUCAAUGUGUAUGGAGUGGAAGUGCAAGGGCACGAGGGCAGAGCGGGUAUGGCCGCCGUGAUUGCAAGACCGGGCCUUGUGUUGGAUGGGAGGAAGCUGUUCGAGCAUGUGACGAGGGACAUCCCGGCAUACGCUCGCCCGCUGUUCAUAAGGCUUCAGGAGGUCAUGGAAAUGACGAGCACCUUCAAGCAGCAGAAGUUCCAGCUGGUGCAGAGCGGCUUCAACCCCUCUACGAUCUCUGACCCCCUCUAUGUGCUGGACUACCAGCAGGAGAGCUACAUUCCGCUCACGGACAGCAUCUACCGGAGCAUCCUCGCCGGAGAACGCAAGCUGUAGAACCCCGAAUGCGGACGUGAUGACACAGCUGGAGACGAAGCACAGAAGUUGAACACAGAACUUGUAGCAGCACAUCGAUGGAAACCAGUGAGCCCACAAUCAUGAACAGAGAUGAACUGAUAUGAACUGACGUACAGAGACGUAGACGGACAGAGAUGUACAGAUAUACAGACAUACAGAUGUACAGACGUACAGAGACGUAGACGGACAGAGAUGUACAGACAUACAGACAUACAGAUGUACAGACGUACAGAGACGUAGACGGACAGAGAUGUACAGACAUACAGACAUACAGAUGUACAGACGUACAGAGACGUAGACGGACAGAGAUGGACAGACGUACAGAUGGACAGACGUACAGAUGGACAGACGUACAGAUGGACAGACGUACAGACGGACAGAUGGACAGACGUACAGAUGGACAGAUGGACAGACGUACAGACGUACAGACGGACAGACGGACAGACGUACAGACGUACAGACGUACAGACGUACAGAUGGACAGACGUACAGACGGACAGAUGGACAGACGUACAGAUGGACAGACGUACGGACAGACGUACAGACGGACAGAUGGACAGAUGGACAGACGGACAGAUGGACAGACGUACAGACGGACAGACGUACAGACGUACAGACGGACAGACGUACAGACGUACAGACGUACAGACGGACAGACGGACAGACGGACAGACGUACAGACGUACAGACGGACAGACGUACAGACGUACAGACGUACAGACGGACAGACGGACAGACGUACAGACGUACAGACGUACAGACGGACAGACGGACAGAGACGGACAGACGGACAGACGGACAGACGGACAGACGGACAGACGGACAGACGUACAGACGGACAGACGGACAGACGUACAGACGUACAGACGUACAGACGUACAGACGGACAGACGUACAGACCUACAGAGACCUACAGAGACGUACAGAGAUGAACAAAGACGUCCAGAGAUGGACAGAUGUCGUCUAGUUAGUAGAUGAGAGGAACAGGAUGAGUUGAUCACACACACUUUGUUAAGCAAAUCAUCCGAUAAACAAUAUGAACCUGAACGCAUCACUGUGAAACAACUACUCACACCUUCGACUGAAACGGUGUGUUGGUUAUGGAAGCCCUCCAUUUGUCAUUUGAUGAAAGCAUUGCAAAAUGUAUAUAUCAAUUAGAAAUAUUUGACCAAUGUGUUAAUGAUAAGCUUUUGUUAUUAAGUUUGGGAGGUUGGUUUAAAAUAUGUCUUUUAAGUAUUUUCAGCUGUAAAUUAAAGAUUAAUAUUCGGGUUAUUAUUUAGAAUUAAAGUAUGUAAUAGUUUUACUCAGAUUUGGGCUAAAUUAAUAGUUGGGUUAUUGUUAAUAUUAUUAUUAAUAAUAUUCCGUAAUAUAUCAAUUGUUUUUAAUGGUCUUUCUGUAUGGAUUAAGAGGGUAAAUUGUCAUUUUAUGAUUCCCAUAAAAUCCAUUUAAAGUGCCUUAAUUAUAUCCAUACUAAAGAAUACAUUGAUGGAAUUUUGAGGUCCAAAAUUUCAUUUUAAUAAGGAAGAUUCAGGAAUGUGGUUUAUAAUUUACAAAAAAAUUAAUGGUUCACAGAUGCUUUUGCUACUUUACUGACAGUUAUCAAAUUGUUUAAAAUGUAUUUGUGGACCUGUCAACAAAGUCGACAUAUUUAUCCAGAGAUGUUUUUUCUUUCACUGAUUUUACUUAUUUAGCAAAUUCCCAAGUGACGUUGACCAUUCAUAUUAUUUCUGAAACAAAAGUAGACUUGUAUAUUGUCUUCACUGAGAUAUCUUGAAUAUUAAGAGCUCAAAAGUGCCCAGACAUUCGGCCAUAUCAAAUGUUUUCUUUUAAUUCUGUGAAUGUUUUGAUUCCACAAUUUAUUUAUUCAUUUUAAUUUCUAUUUCUUUCUUGUCUUUACGUUUUAUUUGAUUGUAUAUGUGCUGCUAAAUAUAUUGACAGACAUUCAUGCUUGGGAAACCUUUCUAGGUGAAAUGAAAUGAGUGUGUUUACUGUUGGGUGAAAAGGCCAUUCACAUGGAAAAGGUCUUAACUGCAGCGUAUCGAUAGAUGCAGGAUCAGGGGAGGGCUGGGAUUUGAACCAUCGACCACAAUAAGCUUUAGAGUGUCAGCGAAGUUCUGCUCACGUAUUUAAUUCCGGUAUAUCACCAGAGAUAAUAUUUGUAAUGUUCUCGUAAAUAAACACACAAAACAGUGA